UCCUCUUCCUCUGUACCAAACACACUCAUUCUCUGUCUCUCUCUCUCUCUCCCCAUAAGAAAAUCUCUUCUUCUACCGCUUCUGUUGCCGUUUCAAAAGUGCCCACAGCUAAGCCAGCCAAGAAAGCGAGUAUGAAGGGAGGAAGAGCAAUAAAAUACAUUGGGUAAAGUGAUGAUAGUCACGUCCUACCAUACAAAGACCUUACUUCAAUCCAACUCUUACUCCUUAUUCAAUUCCCACAUCUUGGCCUGUCACUCAAGUUCCAGAGAGAGACAGAGAGAGACUCCUUUCUUGGCCAAGAAAAUAAUUCUAUUUCUUGUUUUUUCGUGGGUGCCUCAAGAAAUGACCGAGGUACUCCAUUCCCCAUCUCACUUCCCUUCACCAACAAGCUCGUCCACAGCUCCAUGUGCACCCCCCAAUAAUAAUACCCAUCAUGACUCGUACCACCGCCAACACCCCCUUGGCCUCGGCCCUUCAAUACAAGGCCUAGCGGUAUCCCAACAACAACAGAGAGUGUUGAACACCCAACCAACACAAAUAGAAGAAGAAGAAGAAGUAGAAGAGAGAGAAAGGGAUAGAGAGGGAGAGGAGGGAGAUCAGCUGUCUGUAUUGGCCCUUUUGGUAGCCGCUUUUAGGAAGUCACUGGUUGGGUGCAGCGUUAGUGGGGGUGGGGGUAGCAGAGAUAUUUGUGCUGCAGCAAUGGAAAUUGGUGUGCCCACUGAUGUUAGGCAUGUUGCUCAUGUCACCUUCGACAGGUUUGAUGGGUUUCUUGGCCUUCCUGUGGAGUUUGAGCCAGAAGUUCCCAGAAGAGCCCCAAGUGCCAGCACGACUGUCUUUGGCGUUUCGACGGAGUCUAUGCAACUUUCAUUCGAUUCUAGAGGGAAUAGCGUGCCUACGAUACUACUCCUGAUGCAGAGGCAUUUGUAUGCCCAAGGAGGCCUCCAGACGGAGGGAAUUUUCAGGAUUAAUGCUGACAAUGGCCAGGAGGAAUACGUUAGAGAGCAAUUGAACAGAGGAGUGGUACCUGACGGUAUUGACGUGCACUGUUUGGCUGGUCUUAUAAAGGCUUGGUUUAGAGAACUCCCCAGUGGCAUUUUGGACUCGCUCUCGCCAGAACAGGUAAUGCACUCACAGUCGGAAGAGGAUUGUGCUAGGCUCGUGACGCUCCUCCCCCCAAUGCAAGCCGCUCUCUUCGAUUGGGCCAUCAAUCUAAUGGCUGACAUUGUUCAGUUUGACCAUUUGAACAAGAUGAAUGCACGGAACGUCGCCGUGGUAUUCGCACCCAACAUGACGAAGAUGGCUGAUCCCUUAACAGCUUUGAUGUAUGCUGUUCAAGUGAUGAACUUCUUGAGAACUCUUAUUGAGAAGACGCUGAGAGAAAGAGGCGACUCCCCCGUUGAAUAUCCGCCUCCUCUUAAUGUGGAUCCUUCUGACGGCACUGGGCCCCAGAGUUCUUCUGUCCCAUUGUCCGAAGAAGCCGAAGCUGAAGAGGGACGCAGAAAAGAGGAACUUUAUGUGAAGGAAGAACCUGCUGCGGAGUGUUCUUCUCGUUCUGCUGAUAACGAACUUUUAACCGGAAGUGAACCUCAAAAGUUAUCCUCCAUUGAGAAUAUAAUCCCCAGUGGAAACCGCACUCUAGUUGACAGUUGCCCCUGGGAAGCUGCCUCCCAAAUCGGUUCGCUAAAGAGUGAAGUCUGCAACGGUCCUUCGGGCGGUUCAAAUGGGGCCGUGCUGAGGAUCAUUCCAAAGAGCAGUUCCAAUUUCAGGAGAGGAUCAAUGAAGGUGAAAGAGGUGCAGAUCAUUCAGAAAGCAACACCGGCCGAGAAGGGCAAAAUCAUCGGUAACAUAAAUCCGAGGGCAGAGUUAAGGGAGGCUUGGCGAUGAAGGGGGUCUGGGUCCACGGGUGGGUUCGAUUUGGGUUGGGAAAUUGCCCAACUGACCAAAAGUUGGCAUGCUAUGUAUUACUGUCCUUUGAGAAGUGCUUUUGUUUUCUAAUCUCAACGUGUGCUUGUAGAAAAAGAGGUCCUUUAUCUGUUGAUGUUCUGGAACAUUUCCUCACAGGCUCACAUCAUGUGGAACAGUCCCUUGUGCAUUUCUAACAUGCUGCUAGACUCGGACUGAAUCAUCCCAGUCCUUUGUGUUCAAUUAACGUGAAGGAAAGCAGACCCUUGCUUCAAGUA